AUCUAUUACGCUAAUGGCUAAAAGUAGUGAGGAGCCUAAGUUUUCUUUGAGACUUAUUGUUGAUGAAGAGAAAAACAAGGUUGUUUUGGCUGAAGCUUGUAGGGAUUUUGUUGAUGUACUCUUCAGCCUUCUGACACUUCCAAUGGGAACCAUUGUCAGAUUGCUUGAGAAUCAUCGAAAAUCUGAGCCAGUAACUCUGGGCUGUUUUAACAAUCUCUAUAGAAGUGUUGUGGACAUGGGCAGUGAUUGUUUUGAGACUGAAGCUUGUAAGCAGAUGCUUGUGUAUCCGAAGAGUGUGAAAGACCUCCAGUGCAAAAGGCUUAAGCUCAACAUAAACCCUACUGAGGACAUCAAGUGUUUUAAGUGCUCAAGUUACUGCGGCUUGUACAGUAAUUUCAGCACCUCUAAAUGUCGUUGCGGAAAAUUUAUGAACGAGGAGAUUCAGUUAGAAAACGAGGAACAAGAUUUAGGCCGGUUUCAAGAUGAUGAUAAUGGAGUAUUUGUCAGCGGUAGGUGUUCAUUCGUCUUAACCGAUGACUUGGAAGUGUCAGUCAAGUCCACUGAACUUGUCUUGAAUAAGCUCAAAUCCUUAGGUUGUGCUGAUGUUGGUAAGCUCGGUGAAAGGCUUCUUGAUAUUGGUGUGAAAGAGGUACUGACUCUGCUGGGAUGUAUAUUCUCCUCAAAUGCUCCCUUAAAGGACAUUUUCUUGAACAAGAAGAUUACACAAGGUGCGACGAAGUUUUACAAAUCGCAAAGUCCAUGUUUGGAGAAAAAAGAAGAUGAAGCAGAACCUGAAAAGGUAGUAACUUUGAAAGCAUUUGUGAGGAAGCAGGACAUGAAGAUUUUAUUUGUUGAAUGCGGAGAGGAAUUUGUUGAGCUUCUUUUCUCUUUUAUUGCUGUCCCGCUUGAAUCUGCAUGGGAAAUCUCUGGCAGCAGUAUCUCCUUAGGUUGCAUAGGAAACAUGUGUAGAACCUUCAGGGACUUAAAUGAGGAGACUCAAAUGUCAACUUCCACAUGCGCACUUCCGUCUUUCUAUAAUUUCCAGAUGCAACUGCCUGGUAUUAUCACUCAACAACCUCCGGUGUACUACCGUUACAGGCUCUACGAUUACAGGCAAAUGAACUAUGGUUUGACUACAAACGGUAAUCGAACUACUUAUUACCGCAAAGACAGAAUCGUUCGGGUGGAUUUGAAGGAUCCCAAAUCCCGUGGCAGCGAUAAGUCUGCUCAGGGGUUCUUGAAGAAAGCGACAAAGUGUACUGUAUUAGAUGAUCUGACCAUUACAUCUAUGAACUCCUGCUCCACAGUUUGUUUACUAAAGAAGUUGCAGAGUCACGCAGACGAUCUAGAGGUGCAAGUAAUUAGUAUCAGCAAUGCAGAGGCUUUGGAUUUGUUGAGAGCUUCCUUGGUGACAUCCUCUGCUUUGAGCACGACAUUAUGGAAUUUGAUUGCUAAGAAACUGAAGGAGGAGACUGAUUUAUGGGACACGGUUUCAAAGAAAGUGAAGGAAGAGACUUGAAGAAAUAGAAAGCUAGUGAGAAUGAACUCUAAGUCGAUUGUUGAUUAUGUUUUUAGAAUUCCGCAAAAUCUACAUUACAUUCCUCAUGUUUUCUUCCAAGCCUUAUCUUUCUUUGUAAGACUAAUCAAAUUAUUGUUUUAUGGAAAUUCAUCUUAAUAGGGUUUUUUA